UUGGAAAACCUGACGUUCUGGACGUUCCGGAAGAGAGACGUACCGGAAGUUGUCUACGAGGUCAACAGUAAUACAGAAAGUCGCACGGACCCCGAGGUGGCGGAAACUUCUCUCAACGGUGACGCCCCCGUCACUCCCCAGGACUUCUCCGCGAGCUACUGUUGCCCAUUAUGCCGUAUCCCGCCAGUCCAUGUUUUUAAGCUGUUUGUGAUCGUUUUGGUCGGUGUAAGCAUCGCCUGGAUCCCUCUCAUCAAACAGUCUCAGGAGGGACAACUCUUUAUGUACAUCCAGGCUGUCACUGGCUACAUCGCUCCACCCAUCUCCGCCAUCUUUCUCUUGGCUAUCUUCGUGCCCAGGAUCAACGAAAAGGGCGCGUUCUGGGGCGUGAUUUGUGGUCAAGCGACAGGCAUCAUCCGUCUGGUCCUGGACUUCAUCUACCCGUCCCCGGGCUGUGGUGAGGAGGACACGAGGCCGUCAGUGGUGUCCGGCGUCCACUUCACCUACUUCUCCAUCAUCGUCUUCAUGGUCACCGUCAUAAUUGCCGUGGGCGUGUCCUUGUUGACCAAGCCUCAAGCCAGGAUGGAGUUGGAAAACCUGACGUUCUGGACGUUCCGGAAGAGAGACGUACCGGAAGUUGUCUACGAGGUCAACAGUAAUACAGAAAGUCGCACGGACCCCGAGGUGGCGGAAACUGCUCUCAACGGUGACGCCCCCGUCACUCCCCAGGACUUCUCCGAGUGGAGACAGGCCCUCAGGCGGUUCAGGGAUACAAGCGCCUCCAUCGGGAAAGACUCACGGGACAAGGCGCCGUACUCACCACAAGAGUACAUCGACGCCUACAAAGAACCGGAGCACGACUGGCGGUCCGACAAUAUCAUCAUCACACCGCCUAAGAUCCCUGCGCUACAGAAACUGAAGACCAUCGCCCUCAAAGUGAUCAACUUUUUGUCUUGA